CGCUGCAUCUUUCCCGAGCGCAUCUACCAGGGCUCCAGCGGAAGCUACUUCGUCAAGGACCCUCAGGGGAAGAUCAUUGCUGUCUUCAAACCCAAGAAUGAAGAGCCUUAUGGGCACCUUAAUCCUAAGUGGACCAAGUGGCUACAGAAGCUGUGCUGUCCCUGCUGCUUUGGCCGCGACUGCCUUGUCCUCAACCAGGGCUAUCUCUCAGAGGCAGGGGCCAGCUUGGUGGACCAAAAACUGGAACUCAACAUUGUACCCCGCACAAAGGUAGUAUACCUGGCCAGUGACACCUUCAACUAUAGUGCAAUUGACCGAGUGAAGUCCAGGGGCAAGCGACUUGCCCUCGAGAAAGUGCCAAAAGUUGGGCAGCGAUUUAACCGCAUUGGGCUACCACCAAAGGUUGGAUCGUUCCAGCUCUUCGUUGAAGGCUACAAAGAUGCCGACUACUGGCUGCGACGUUUUGAAGCGGAACCUCUCCCCGAGAACACUAACAGGCAGCUGCUGCUGCAGUUUGAGCGGCUAGUGGUGCUGGAUUACAUCAUUCGCAACACUGAUCGAGGCAAUGACAACUGGCUGAUUAAGUAUGACUGUCCAAUGGAUAGUUUGAGCUCUCGGGACACAGACUGGGUGGUGGUGAAGGAGCCUGUCAUCAGGGUGGCUGCCAUCGAUAAUGGGCUGGCUUUCCCACUGAAGCAUCCCGACUCCUGGAGGGCAUAUCCUUUUUACUGGGCCUGGCUGCCCCAAGCAAAAGUCCCAUUCUCUCAGGAGAUCAAAGAUCUGAUUCUUCCAAAGAUAUCGGACCCUAACUUCGUCAAGGACUUGGAGGAGGACCUGUAUGAACUCUUCAAGAAAGAUCCUGGUUUCGACAGGGGCCAGUUCCAUAAGCAGAUUGCUGUGAUGCGGGGACAGAUACUGAAUCUGACCCAGGCCCUGAAAGACAACAAGAGUCCCCUGCACCUCGUCCAGAUGCCACCCGUGAUUGUCGAGACGGCCCGUUCUCACCAGCGGUCUGCUAGCGAGUCCUACACACAGAGCUUUCAGAGUCGGAAGCCCUUCUUCUCUUGGUGGUAGCCUGAGAGGCGGGCAAAGCCAGUACUGUCUGAGACUCAGGCUGGGAGGAUGCCUGGGGAGUGGGCGCAGGAGAAGCCAGGGAAGCCGGUGGAGAGUAACACCUUGAAGGCCCUCCGUCUGCUCACCGCCCCUCAGGGCUUUCCCCCCACGGGGAGAAGCACAAUCAGGACAGUCGGUGUUUCUGAGCCCUCCUGAGUGCCGGGGAGGCUGGCGCUUCAUGUGGGUAGUCCCGACGCUGGGAAGGAGCCUCUCCUGGCAGCAAGCUGGGGAGGUCCUUCCCUUCCUGACACCCUGCUCUGUUGCGAGUCCCUGUUAUAUUCUGCAUCAGAAAACAAAAACAAAAACAAACUUCAAUGCUUGUAGCAGAACCCCAGGUCCUCUCACAUCAGAAACCGUUAGUCCAGGCCUAAGUUUGCAUAGAUGCAGACAUCUGGGGGCCUCACAGUUGUGUACUCCCGGGCAACAAAGCUGUCAGAAAGCACCUGGGUGACUCACAGUGCUGGGGCAGGCAGAAGCCACACCUUUCAUUUGGGUCUUCACCAAGCCUCCUUUCCCCUCUCGUCCCACCUGUGCGGUGGACUAGCUGCAGGCCUCUGCACACAGCUCUCCCGGCAGGGAGGCUCUUCUCCCCACGGUCCCAGGGGACCCUCCGCCCUGCUGUAGCUCACCUGUGACUUGAGCAGAGGCAGGAGGGGCCAAUCUUAGCCUUCUACUUUAAUAGGAAGUUGACUUCCAGCAUGUAAGCGCCAUCCAUAGCGUCUGAGUGUGUGCUGGGAGCCAUGACUGGUUUGUGGGUGAACUUAUCCCAGCCUUGCUUCCUGAGUCCUGGGUCCCUGUCCUCUAAUCUGUUUCCGUUUUUAAAAAAAUUCUCCCAACUCUUAGCCUAGGAGUUCAGGCCCUGGUUAAGUCUCUACAAGGGUUCUGGGGCAUGUCUUGGCUCAUGAGCAGACAGGAUAAUGGUCCUUGGACAGUCUUACCUGUUGCCCCUGCUGCUUGGUGGUAGUGGCAGGACUUGUGUUCUGCCUCCUGGUUGGCAGUUUCCCUUUGCUUCCUGACUUCUUGUCCAAGGCUGGCAUCUCCGUGGCUUCCUGAGAGGCAGGGCCCAAAGGAGAGGCCUUCAGACCCCCGUGCCUGCCCAUGCGGUGUGCUUCUCCUGCUUCCAUGUGUCUUUCCCCCAGCUGCCCCCUGCCAGGUGUGAGCCCUUUCUACACCAAAGCAAAGAAUGGCCUCAGGAGGGUGUAAAGGGUGCCACCUGUGGCCUGGCAGCAGCUGUGCUCAUGCUCCACGCUACUGGACACUUAACUGUUCUGGCAUCCCGCGAAGGGUCAAUCAGCCCUGGGAGGAAACUAUCCUGCAGGUUUGAAAACCAACCAAAGAAAGGGAGUGAGGACUAUGUCCUCAAGUGAGGCUGUGUCUGCUUGCCCUGCUCCCGCCAUCAAGGCAGCAGUGCAGAGAUGGUCAGCCCCGAGGAGCGUGCCUGUCCUGGGCUUCCACCCAGCUGACAGAAGUCCCUGAGGGCUGGAUAUGCAUGUCCUGUGGACACAGCCCCCUGCCCCAGCCCUGACAAUCCCGUCCAGCCGACCUGGACCUGGCCUUGCUUACGAGAAUCUCUGCAUCCCGACCACGGGAACAGAGGGCACGCAGGUGUGUGUAGCUCUCUGUAGACACCGUGACAGUGCAGUAAAGCUUCCUGCCUGGGUGCUCCCAGAGAGCCCAAGGAGUCUUGAGGAGCUGGUGGCUCCACCCAGCCAAGCCAGGUCUGCACAUGGUCCUGGUCCAGACCAGCUCUAUGAGCAGGAAAUGGGGUCCAACGUAAGAGGGAGCCAUCCGGGCCUGGCCGGCAGGAGCACGGGUGCCCUUUCCUGGCCUGAGUCCUCUCCCUCAAAGCCUGUACUCAGGUUGCCUUGAAUGUGGACUUUGGGAGAGCCAGGGGUUGAGUGCCAGGGCAGGUUUCUGGGUGGCACUCCCAGAACGCUGUCCCUCAGCCAGCCGUAGGCCCUGUCCCCCAGCAGCGGGAGGAGAGGCUGGGCUGUGAGCGCACCGCUGCCCGUGUUCUUCCAAUGCACUGUAGAAACUGUACGUAAUGUAUUUAAAUCAAUGCAGAUGUAUCAAUAACAGACCCGUUCUGAC